AUGUCUCGUUACGUCUCGUCUCGAGAUAGUUCCACGCCAAACUCGAGGCCGCCUCGGCACGACAUCCGUUGUUGCUCUCAGUCGAACCCGAUGUCCGAUGCGGGGGAUCCGGCCCAUGUCAACAGAACGAAGGGCCGAGAAGAAACCCGAGGAAUUAGGGAAGUGGUUUCCCAGAGAUAUGUAUAUAAUAAUGACAUGACCAUCGUGAGAAGUGUUGAGGAAGACAGAUCCAGCAACAAUCUUUUGGCGUCUUUUAUCCCUAGAGACAAGACCUCAAUGGGCUCCCUACCAGAUAUGGACCACUCCGACCUCAACGGCCCUGCCACCAAUGCGGCUCACAGAAAGGGCAACGGUUGUUCCCCAGAUAAAAGAAACGGCGUUCAUAGGCGCGCCGACGGGUCGUUGGACCUAACGGUGCUUGGAAUGAACAGCGGUACCGCCAUGGAUGGUAUUGACUGCGCACUCGUCCGGUACCGACAGAAAUCCCCGACCGCUCCCCUUCACAUGGAGGUUCUGAAGCGGAUGAAGAAGCCCAUCCUGAAGAUGCUCCGCGAGACCAAAACAACACCGAGUGCCAUAUCCCAACUGAACGUCCAGCUCGGCCAGAUGUUCGGAGAUGCCGUGAGCGAGUUUUGCAAUAAGCACCACAUCGAUAUGGGCAGCAUCGAUCUCAUCGGCUCGCACGGCCAGACCAUCUGGCUGCUCAGCAUGCCCAAGGAGGGCGAGACACGCUCGGCAUUUUGUCUGGGCGAAGGCACCAUCAUUGCCGCCCAGACAGGCAUCACAACCGUCACCGACUUCCGACAGGCCGAGCAGUCUGUCGGCCGUCAGGGCGCGCCGCUGGUCGCACUUAUCGACGGCCUAUUGCUCCACCAUCCAACCAAGACCCGGCUGUGCCAGAACAUCGGCGGCAUCGCCAACCUCUGUCUGAUCCCGGCCGACCGCGACGGCGGCGUUGAUGCCAUGAUUGACUGGGACUGCGGGCCGGGCAACAUGUUCAUCGACGCUGCCAUGAGGCACUAUACCAACGGCGAGCAAGAGUACGACAAAGACGGCCGGUGGGCCGCACAAGGCACCGUCAAUCAAGCCAUUGUCGACGACUUCCUCUCCAACAACAACUACAUUAACCAACACCCACCCAAGACCACGGGGCGCGAAGUCUUUGGCGACAACGAAUGCUACGAGAUCAUCGCGGCAUGUGAGGCGGCCGGCUGCAGCCCCUACGACACCGUAGCAACCGUAACACGCAUUGCAGCGAAAAACGUUGUGCGCCAGUACCGGACUUUCCUACCCAGCUACGGAAUCGACCCGGACAGCAUUGACGACAUCUUUAUGUGCGGUGGCGGCGCGCACAACCCCGAGAUCCCCCGCUGGUCUCCUCUACAAGAGGAGGAGCGCAACCGGCGCCUUACCGCACUCGGCUUGGUUAUAAGUGUGCCCGAGCCCGCGUUGAUAUGCCGACCGUGCGGCUACGCCUUGCAGCCCAAUGGCAACUGCGUGACGCGGCAUCUCGCUGACAAGCAUGCCAUCCCAAAGCGGUCGCGCGACGGACUCCACCCCUUGGUUCGCGCCCUAUGUCUUCCGGAUCCCAACACCCUACCUCUCCGCCCCGAUUGGUCGCCGGCCCAUCCGCAGCUGGCCACUCAUACCGGCGUUGCCUGCCGUCACUGUACCUACCGGACAACCAGCGUCGAGCUCAUCACGCGGCACCUAGCGAAAGCCCACAAUCGCCGCCGCGCCCAGGGGUACAGGGGCUGGCUGCGCGACGAGGUCUUCGAGGACGUUGUCCUGCAGAGUUGGACCCAGAACGGCGCCCGCGGGUACUGGAUCGCUACGCAGGACCCAUCCCCGGCCGAGCGACCAGAAGACGCUUCCUCCCGGUUGCGGAACCAGGCCACAACCGAGCAGAGGGCUGCCCUUGACGUGCUGCAUCAAGCCGAGCGGGAACACCUGGCCAGCCGUUCAGCUACCGCUCGCCAGACAGACGGCACGAGCCCACCUGAUCUAGCCCUACAGACGAACUGGAUGCGGCGGACUGGCUGGUUAGAGACCUUCCACGGGGCGAGGCGCGACGUUCUCGCCAGGCUCGCCCUGCCGCCGUGCCAAGAAGGGGACGGCCUGCGACUUAGCGCGCCUGGAGACGAAACAACGAUCCGGAGCACCCGCGAGGACGAAGAUCGGUUAGGCCGCGUUGCGUCGGCGUUGCGCGGGCUUCAGAGCCGCUGUGAGGACACGGCGCGACACACCGACGUUUCGAUCCGGCUGUGGCUUCGGAGCACCGACCCGGUGCGUCCGCACAGGGUCCCCUUUGAGCUCGUGGGCCGCCAGUCCACGGCCCAAUCCUACUGGAGGCUCUUUCUCAGGUUCUUCUGCUUCUCGUUUCGGCUCUGGCGCCUGCCGGAGGCUGCCCGCGUUUCUCUAUGCCGGAGGUCGUUGACGCAGGCCCAGCGUGACGCCUUGCAAGCGGCUUGGUCCGCGCUCGGCGAACCACGAACCCAGGGUCAGCGGCGCGUGGACCGCGCAACUAGAGGAGCAGCCCAGCCGAGCGCGCGGGGGUCCGGCGGCGGGAGCGAGGAUGAGUGCUACGACAAUGCCCACGAUUCUGGGAUAGAGACCGUGGACACUACCGCCUUCUCAUGGCCAUCUCGCACGCGGCAGACGAGGCGAGCUGCUGCUGAUCACGACGACGUAAGCGCAUUCAAGGACAAGGACGAUGGCGAGGGCGACGACGACACGACCAGCCAGGACGACUCUAGCGUAGACGGCGGAGAGAGCGAGGAUACCGAGUCUAGCUCAGAAGAUGGGGAUGACGCUGGAUCCGAUCCGUACUACCAGGACGUCCUGCUACAGCUCGCUAGGCUUCUGCCGCAGGUCGAUCUCCACGCCCUCCGGGACAAGAUGUCAGAUGUGGGAAAAGGCUACUCGUUCGUGACCGAGCCGGCGAACCACCUGGUCGAUGCCUUCUUAGCCUUGUCGGAGCGUGCCUGCCUCUCCCCCGUGAAUGGUCUGAUCGGUAGGAGCGGAUGGGACCAGCAGGCCGUCCGUCGCUAUAUCGAGCUGCACGACCAAGCGCUGGUUGAGCUCAUGGCACUGAUCCACCUCACCGGCGGGCAGGCUGCUCGGGCGACGGAGCUGAUGUGCCUAGAACAUUGCAACGGCCCUUCGACAAGCCGGGGCAUAUACGUCUACGACGGCUCCUUCUUCCUCGUAACCAGGCAUACCAAGGCCCGUUCGGUUACCAACCAAGAGUUCCAAGUCGCCCGCAUGCUGCCGGACGAAAUCGGCCGCCUCCUCUACCAGUACCUUGUGUAUAUCCGGCCGUUCACAUACAUGCUGCAACGGCGUUGCUACGGAAUCGACGUCGAGUCUUCGUUGCUGUUCUGCUCCCCACAGAGACCCGACAGGCUGUGGAAGACACACGUCCUUUCAGGGGCGCUGCGGCGGCUCACCGAAUCGACCGUCGGCCGAGCGUUUGGCACACAUGUAUAUCGGCAGCUCUCCAUUGCCGUUACCGAGAAGCACGUUCGGCAAAUCAGGAAUCCGUUUGACCGCCACAAUGAUCGAAGGCGUGACGCUGACGGUGGCGUGGCGUUCGCCUGGCAGAGCGGACAUCGGCCCUGGCAGAGAGCCUGCAUCUCGGGCAGCCGGAUCCGGCGCGCCAAAUCCCCGGAAUGGCGGCGCAGCCGCCUCGAGUUUCUCUACUGCCGAACGACUGCCCGCUUGACGUCAGUGAGCCGGCGUCCUCCGCGCCGCUUGUUCGGACCGUACAGCCUCGAACAGCUCCGAAUGGCCCGCAGCCAGAUCGUACCCUACCUGGCCAUCGAUCCGACCAAGCUGGCGAGGAAGGGCCUGAUGCGUUUCCCGUCUACAGACCGCCUGAAGAGGCGGCGUUUAGAAGAAGGAGAAAAGCCUCUAAAGCCUCUAGCCCCCAGGGCCGAGAGUGCCCCCAAUUGUACGGUCCCCGACGAUCCUAGCGUACAGUCGGCUGGCUACACACAGGCCUUACAAUCCCGCUCAACAUCACCCAGGAAUGUGUCUCCAACAAGUAUAGGAACGGGGACGGAGACGGGAACAGGGACGGGAACGGAGACAGAAAUGCGAAUGGGGAUAGAAAUGCGGAUGGAGACAGAAACGCGGACGGUAACACAUAUCGUGCAGGACGGGGCCAAGGUCGUGGGCAUCGUUCAGCCACCUAUUCUAGCCCCUAUACGAGAGAAGGGGUUGCGUAUAGUGUUGUUCGAUGAAUUUUUCAAACGAUUGCCCGCAUUCCGGAUAGCGGUUUGCCGCGAGCACUGUGGUGCGGUUACGGCGAAGUCGGUUGCGGCACAUGUCGAUUCGCACCACUCCCAUCUAGCUCCAGGGGAUCGGCGGCGCAUCGUGGAGGAGGCGUUGGCGCUGCAAGAUGACGGCUUGCUAGCAGCUAACGUAGACGGCAUCCGGUUCCCCAGCGAGGUGAUGCCGGCAAUCGACGGAUUGCCCGUGUGGAGCGAUGGCAAGAAGUGUAUACAGUGUGGGUAUAUCCGGCGUACGAGGUACCAUAUCCAGGAGCAUUGCCGGUCGGAGCACGGUUGGGCCAACCCGCGGAAACGCGGCGGCAAGCCCGGAGCAAGGCCGGUAGGUGGGUUAGGCGAGGUGUGGGUGGACGGUAUCCAUUGCCAACGAUUCGGCCGGACGGGCGCGCUGCAGCGUUUGUUCGAGGUGGUGCCGCCGGCGCCGACAGGGGCGGUCGAUGCCAUGCAAGGUCGAGCCCGGGGCGAGGACUGGUCGAGGAGUACCCGAAAGGCCAAGGGGCAGCAGAGAAGACGCAAUCAGGAGUAA